GUUACAAUUAAAUCUCAGAUCAAGUUUUUUCUGUCCCUCCUCGACGGUAGAACCUCAUUUUAACUUUUUACUUAUAAUCCAAUGGCUGAUAAAACUGAAAACAAAAGUAGUCUUUCAGAGGCUGAAGAGUUUUUGGAAUCUUUGAAUUUACCUGACUCUCAAAAUCAUGAAACAGAUGAGAGCGGUGCUGGAGGCCCUGCCGACCCUAAUGACAUCAUGUCCUUCCUUGAUGAAAUCUCUAAUUACCCAACUGAGGAAACUGCCAUUGAAAAAAAGGAGCCAGUUACUAAUAUCACACCCCAACAGGCUACAAAACCAGUGACUGCAUCAUCUUCUGAACCUAAAGAACAAAAAACAGACACAUUAACACCACAAGAACAAGAGAAUAACGAUAACGGUUGGAAGUCAUGGGGAAACAGUUUCUGGAGCCAAGCAAGUGCAGCUGUAAAGACCACCACUGAUCAAAUCAAUCGUUCUGUUGGUUCUGAUUCAGCAUCUAAACUUUUGGAGAGCCGUGUAAAAACCUUGCAGAAUCUUGUGAAUAAAGAAAAUAUUGAAAAAUUAGGUACUGGAUUAAAGAACUUGACAACAACAUUUUUGGAAACAGUUGCACCUCCAAUCUCUGAACACGAGCUGGUAGAGGUUUGGUUAGCUUACGACAUGGUUGGAUAUACAGGAUUGGAGGCGUUAGUGUACCGUGCAUUUGCACGGGUCAUGGAGCAUACAGAGACAGGACAAGUCAUUGUACGUAACCCAGACAGUGAUGAUAAAAAAUCAGUGGAUCCCUCCCAUCGUGACUUAAACAUGUGCGACUCAUUGGUCGAUGGUACAAAACUUGCAAAGGCUAAUAUUGAUCACCUUAUCAAACAACACUUUAAGCCUGCAGGCAGCGAAAAGAACGAAUCCUAUAAUCCUCAAUCUGGGGCUGUACCUGUCAUCAACUGCCCUGUCUUUAUGGCUAUUCAACCCGUUAAAAUAAUUAUGGCGCCUAUCGAUGAAGAUGACACUGAAACUCACCAACUUUCAUUUAUUAUUUUAAUGGUCGAUCCCACGCAUAAUCUUAAGUUCAAAACAUAUUCUCAGUCUUUAUCUUUAAGUUGGUUAGAUAUUCCUUACGAAGAGAAUGAGUGGGUAGAGGACAAGAUGGUUGAUAUCAUUCGCAUGGCUGUUACUUCAAUUGCUCAAGAUUAUGUUUGGACACGUAUGUCUGGCGGCCCUCAAAGUGCUAUUUCUGAGGAAAAGGUUCAAGAGGUUUAAUGAUCACAAAAUAGUGUAUUUGCACGCAUCAUCGAAUAUUUAGUGUUUAAUUGUCGUAAAAUAAAAAAGAUUCAUUUGGCGGUUUGAGUUUUUUGAGACUUUGAAAGGAAGCAAUUUAUCAUUAAA